AUGAAAACAACGAAUAAAUUACCCCCCAGAAAUGCAGCUAUCCAAUUAAAUUAUGCGAAUCAAAAUCUAUUGAUUUUUUAGAAUCAAAAACCAAUUAACUUAAGAAGGUAUACAACAGGAGCAGAAGAAAUGAGAAGACAUCAAAAGAGUUAUGGUUCCUAAAAAAGAAAUGAAUCAAAGUAUAAUUAUGAAUUGAGUUUAGUGAAAUCCUAAAAUAAACCAAAAGUAAGUGUUAACAUAAUACAAAUGAUAAAUAAUUUACAGAGAAUGGAAGACAAUAACAUGUAUCAAGUUUGUCAGAUAGUCAAUCAUAACAACCUCCUUUGGUAAUGAUAAAAUGCCAAGCAAAACCAUAAUUCGAGAAUUUUAAGAAUCAUGCAAAUGCAAAAAACCAUAAUUUUAUCACCCAAUAACAACGAAAUGAGAAACCUCAUUCAUUUAAAUAAAUUGCAUAAGCGAAUAAUAAGCACCUCUCAAAUUGUAAUGAACUUAUUAAAUUUUAAGUGUAUUAUGUAGGGGAUUUGUAGAAUGCCAUUUUAAACUAAAAUGCAAAGAAUUCAGAAAUGUUUAGGGAACAUAUUGUUGUUUCCUUCACUUAUAUUCCAUUGAUUCAGAAAUCAGAAAUUGAUAUUAAGUAAAUAGAAGAUAAAAAAUUACAUAUUCCUUAAGCAAGAAAUAAGAAAUGUAGUUAUACUAUUGAUUAUUUAAAAUAGACAAUAAAACAAUCAUUUUUGAUAUGGAUGAAACAUUGAUGCAUUGUAAUGAAGAUGAAAAUGACAAAUGCUAAUUCAAAAUUCCAAUAGAAUUCGAGGAUGGAGAGAGAAUAGUAGCAGGGAUUAACAUCAGAAACUUCGCAAAAGAGAUUAUCUAAAAGUUAAGUGAAGUUUGCGAAGUCAUGGUCUUUACUGCCUCUCAGGAUAUUUAUGCUAACCAAGUAAAAUGAUCUGUUGUUAUUUGAGGUUAUAAAUAUUCUAGACCCACAUAAUAAUCUAGGUCAUAGGAUUUUCAGGGAUAAUUGUAUAUCUCUGGAUGAUAACCAUUUGAUCAAACACCUUGGAGUUUUGAAUAGAGAUUUGAGGAAUGUGGUCAUAAUUGACAAUUCUUCUUGCAGCUUUGCGUAAUUGUUGAUUUCGACAAUAAGUUAGACACCAUUUAGAAAAUGGGAUUCCGAUUAUUUCAUUUUACAAUGAUGAAAAGGACAACUAAUUAAUUAAGUUGUAUCGAUACUUGUGUUAAUACAUAUUACCAGCUGAAGAUGUAAGGCCAAUCAUUUUAUCACACUUCAAAUAAGACAAACUUAACUAAUUUGAGUCUGUUGAGGAGGCAGUUAAAUAAUUGUAUUUUUGA